UUCCUUUCCCAUGAAAGGAUCACUUCAGGGAUGCAAUGAGAACUUGCAGACGAAGACUGUUGCUUGCAUUGGUAAAGGCCUUAAAAGGGUUCCCCGAAAUCUUCCAGAAGAUAUCUUUGUGCUUAACCUGGCUUACAACAAUAUCACCAUUCUCUUAAAUGCAUCGUUUGAAGAAUACCCUCUAAUCAAAGACUUGUACAUCUAUUUCAACGAUCUACGAUCGAUAGAACCCGCUGCCUUUCACCCUAUCAGGGAUCUAAGAUAUCUGGAUCUCUCAUAUAACACGCGUCUGAUUGUGCUUCCAGUGGAAGGAGUCUUUAUGAAGUCUCCAAAGCUUUUCACUCUAAACUUGUCGCGGUUAAACCUGAGAUCUAUCCCAAAUGACACACUGAAGUGGAGCCCACGUCUACGUCUUGUGAAUCUGUCAAAUAACAAAAUUUCCUUCAUCAAUUUAAGUUCCUGUGGCAUGGUCGAAGAAGUAAAUUUGAGUCGUAAUCUUAUACAACGGCUUACAAUGGAAUAUUUCAUAUUCCCGUGCCGCACCGAUCAUCUAGAUCUAACAAACAACCCAAUACAAUUUGUAGACCCCGACGACAUCGCAUCACUCCAAGUUCGUUCAUUAAAGCAUGGACCUAUGAAGAGAUGGACGAUUAACGCGAGCAUUUCUUUGACCCAAUGA